AGGACGCCAGGUGCCGGGCGGCGACGGCGACGCAGGGGCCGCCGGGAAAUGUAGUUCGCCGGCCAGGGCGGCGCAGCCCGGCGCGUUAGCGACCUAAGAAGAGAGACUACAAGUCCCAGAGGGACUUGGGCUGGGUGGCCGCCCGGGGGGUACGAAAGAGGAACCUGGCGGAUAGCAGGCGGUUGGGGGCUUCCUGUUGGUGCCUUAGCAGUGGCUUGCUGCCCACAUGGAGCCUGGAGACGUGUGCCCCAAGGAGCCCGAAGCCAACCACAAUCCCAGACUUCUAGUCACAGCCUUGGCGGAAGGUGUAAUUCAACCCUAGUCGGCAGGGAGAUCACGCUUGUUUCGCGGCGGCCCCCGAGUUCCCCCCUGCUGAGCCAUCCGCUGCCAGCGUGCCGAGGCCUCAGCCUGCCGGAUUCCCCUACGCAGUUGCGGACCGCUUUGACUUCCAGAGGCUGCUAUAGGGAGCUGCCCAGCUCCAGGGGUUGCAGGGGGACAACCGGCUGAUAAGACUCCUCAUUACCUGGCAACCAUCUGCCUGCCAAAGCCAGACACAAGCCCAGGAGUGAAGAUUUUUGAAUGUCCCCAAUCCCUACCCUGGAUAAGGCACCUGGCAUCAUUGGGCAUGGCCGUCCCGUGUUUCAUCCUCCUGACUAGGCUAUUUUUGGAUGUGACCAGCAAAUCCACGGAGAGCACGGUCCCACCUGCAGAGUGUUGUAUGGAUAUGCCAGAUGCAAACUUCACCUGCCCAGCCACAGAGCACUGUAGCCCAGGCUGCUACAGGCGCUGGGGCGACGACGGGAGCAGCAGCUGCGUUAAGUGCAGGAAUGAGACGCUCCCUACAGGGGCUUCAAUCAACGGGACUGAGUGCCGAAACGUUGGCGGCAAAGGGAUGCCCAUCUCUGAAAACAGGAGUGCCAUUGGGCCCAUGUCCUAUAAUUUAGGAGGCCCCCAGGUAGCCGCCUCACUCUUCUUGGGCACCUUCUGCGCCAGCUCUUUCCUGAUCCUGACGGUGGCUAUGUUCUUCUACCUCAAGCGGACCCGCAAGCUGCCUGGUUUCUUCUACAGGAGGAAUAAAGCCUCGGCCCUGCAGCCUAGUGAAGCAGCCGCCAUGAUGCCUCCUCCUCCUCCAACCUCCUCAGUUCGAAAGCCGCGCUACGUCCGGCGGGAACGGUCCCUGGCAGUGAACGCCACUCCAUCCACAGCCUCUGCAGCUGAGACCAGAGUCAGCAACGUGUAGCCACCAGAACCUGCCCCGAGGCUCCUUCCACCCCUCACCGAGGGCUAAAGAGACUGCCUGCAUCCCUGGAGGGGCAAGAGCAGGGGUUGGGGCAGCUGGCGGUGAGGUGGGCCCCUGCCGGGGGAGAUGGGUUUGUGCCAAAUCCGUGUUAGAGCAGUGGCCUGGUGUGAGGCAGGGGCUGGGCUGAGACUACCUAGCAUUAAGUCAGUUCUAGCCUCCCACAUUUCAGCGAGGGCAUGGAGAGAGGGACCUGGGGACCGUAGUGGCAAACUGAGGGUAAAGUCCACCGUGGCACGAUAAGGGUUCCCUCCCACUUCCCCGAGGCCCGGAGCCAAAGGCGUGACAGCUUGGACUGGGCCUCUGUCCGGCCCUGGGGCUCUUGGGAGAUGGAUUUGGGGGAUAAGGAAGGGGCGGGGGCGGCUGCUCCAGCCGAGAAUCUCCAGCCCCAGGCGGGCGGUGCUGGGCUUGGGUCUGUUGGGGCAGGCUACCUCUGAGGGCUGAGGCUGGGGCUGAGUAGAUAACCGCUUCCCCCUGAGAGAUUGCUCUGCUCCAGGGGGCUCCAACGUCACCAGGCAAACAUGGGUAGGGCGCUCUCCUGGGGCUGAGGGCUGAGGUUGGGGGCUUUGAAACCAGAAAUGGUGGCCAGGAGCUGAGAGCUCUGGGCUCCCUCUGUGUCCCAUGAGACUCUUCCUCUGGAGGCCGAAGGCAAGGGGCUCCCCUCCCCUAUUGAACGAGUUUCCCAACUGCACUUUGGCCCUGGGCCCGAGGCUCCUGGCCCGCCGGCAGCCAGCAGGGAGCUGAGCCUGGAUGAGGGAGCCCCAGGGCCGGGCCCAGCCGGAUCUUCGGGUUAGGCAACUUUCUGGGAAAUGUCUGUCACAUACUGGGUCUAGAGCUAGCAAGGACUGGCAACAGCGGGCCCUGCUGGCGAUGGGAAGCCCCAGAGAACCAGAAAGGCACUGAGUGACAAUCCUCCCCAACCAUCCCCUCUAAGACCUGACCCUGGAUCCCAGCUUAUCAUGGGGGAGGGAGGUGGGGGCCAGGUGCUGGUCGUUGGAAACAUCACCAGUGAAGUGUAUGACCUCAGGUAAAAGGCAACCAGCUGCCCCUUAAUGACCAAAGGCUAGGAGAAAUUGAAGGGGGAAGUGUAGACAGCCCAAGCUGGGGAGGGGUUGGAAGGGGGUAGAAGUAGUUUGGUUAAACUGGAAGUAUAGCUGAGGCCCUUUGGAGAGGAGUUGGAGGGCAUUUAGAAGGACUAGGAUACAGUGGGAAGGGGAGUGGGAAGGGAGAGGUUUGAAUUGCCUGAGCUGCAAAGGAUUGGGAAUGAGGAGGUGUAGGCAGCCCAAACUAGAGUAAAGGAAGAAGAAAGUGUAGACAGACCACUUUAGAGAGAUUUGAAAGGGGAAGUCAAGGCACUCCGAGCUAGAGAGGGGUCAGAAGGGGGAGGUGUAGAUAGGCCAAGGAGAAGGGUGGGAAGGGGAAGGUGUAGACAGACUGCACUGGAGAGUGAAUUGGAAGGGAAGUGUAGGCACUCAAAGCUGGAGACAGGCUGGAAGGAGGAGGGGCAGACAGCUCAAGUUAUGGGAGGAUAAGAAAAGAGAUCCGUGGACAGCUGUAACUGGAGAUGGGUAGGAAGGGGAAGGUGCAGGCAACCCACUCCAGAGAGGGGUUGAAAGGAAAAGUUGAGGGCAGCCCCAGCGGUCCAGCAUCUCUAGCUUGUUGAGUCAGUGGGGCCUCCCAUCUGGGGUCUGAGCCUAAAGCCAACCGAGCCCAGGUUGAUAGAUGGAGUCUGUUUUUGGGGAAGGGAGCUCUAUGCAACAAGGUACUUGGAGGUCGGGGGUGCAGGCCAGGCAGGCAGUGGGGCUGCAAGAACCCUCCCUUUGGGUGACUGGUCAUUUCUCCCCCAUCCCAUAAGAUCCAGGGGGGUCUUCCAGUACCCCCAAUUCCACUGAGGGUGGGGUGCUAGCUAGGUAUGCAAUAGAACUGCAGGAGCCCUCUCUUUGUGUGGCUGGCCAUCUCAGCCCCAUUCCAUGGGAUCUGAGGGAGGGAGGUGGUCCUCCAAUCCCACUCCGGGAACAAGCAGGUGGGUUGUGAGAAACCCGCUGUCCCCUCAGCCUGGGACAGCAGCUCCUAUAUGAAGCUGAGGGUGGCGGUGACACUGCUGGGCCCCCAAGUUUUCCUCUCAUGGGAGCCCAAGGUGAAGGGACUGCUGGCAGGCUAAUGCCAUGUUUGCACUGUGAUGUUUUGUAUCUUUUUCUACAGUUGUAUUAAUAAAUGCUCAUUUCUGGA